ACUGGCCCCCAAACUGGUUUUGAUAGGUAGCUCGAAAUACCCAAACACUCUCGAAUACAGUGCAUUUCCAGUUUGACCACCCCGAGAAACACCAUGAACAUUAAGUUGUUUGCAUCUCUAUCUUUUUUAAUCCUCCUCAAGACCUCCAUGGCUGAGAGUGAAGAUGUGCGAGUGAAGCUUUGUGGUCGUGAGUUCGUUCGGACGGUGGUCGCAUCGUGUGGGAGUUUUCGAGUCAAACGCAGCAUGCCUGAUUCAGACCUUCACUUCGCAUACCCUUAUAGGAAUCUCCAAAACUGGCUGGAUAGAGACCUCGUUGUGCACCAGAGAGGGUCUCCGGCUGUUGAAGAUGAGCAGUGGAGGGAGCGGGACACCCCUGAGAGCGUGAGAGGGCAUCCAGACCCCCGCCAGCACACAAGCCCACCAGCAGAGCCUCUGGAUCACUCCACCACCAUGCAGGAUCUCAGUGUGUCGUCCAGGAGUCGGCGUGAUGCGGGCCCAGCAGGGGUCUGCUGUACUUCUGGAUGCACCAUGAAUGAACUGAUUCAGUACUGCUGAACUCAGAUCAGAUGUAGAGCCUUGACGAUUUUCUAAAGCUGUGGUACAUUUAGUUACGCUUAUUAAACAUUGCAUCUACAAUACUUUUGCUGUUUUUUGCUGUUGCACAAUGUGUAGUCAUCAUUAUAGCACUUUACAAUAAGAUAUUGUUUGUUGACAUAUUUACUCUGGAGCCGACUAACAAGUUUGACAAUAUAGGCUAACAAUAAAAAUACUUCUAAAGCAUUUAAAAUUUAACAUUUAUUUCAUAUCAUUAUUUAUUAAAUCCAUAUAUUGCUAUUGAAUGUAUUUGUUAAUGGUAUGUAAUAGACCUGAGCUAACAGGUAGCAUUUGUGGACUCAUGUUAACAAAAAUUAAUAAAUCCUGUAACAAAUGGAUUUCUCAUCGGUAGUUAAUGCAUUUACUAA